AUGGAACAAGACAAAACUAAUUAUUCUAUCUAUCUAUCUAUCUAUCUAUCUAUCUAUCUAUCUAUCACAGUCAGUAUAUAUCUGUUUAUAAAUCUAUCUCAGUCUAAUAUCUAUCUAUCUAUCUAUCUCAGUCUAUUUAUCUCUAUCCCAGUCUGUUUGUUCCUUCCUCCUUCGCUAUCUAUCUAUUUUUCUAUCUAUCUCAGUCUAUUCAUCUCUGUUCCAGUUCACUUAUUCUUUCUCAUCUUCCUGCCUUCCUUCCUUACUAUCUUCCUUUCUUCCUCCCCCACCUUCCUUCCUUUCUUUCUUCCCACCUUCCUUUCUUCCCACCACCUCUUUCCUUCCUUCCUUCCUUCCUUCCUUCCUUCCUUCCUUCCUUCCUUCCUUCCCUUCCUUCCUUCCUUCACAACUUGUCUUCAUCUUCAUUUUUGCAAUGUGAUGCAGUUUAUGUCAUUUUCGGUGGGACGUCUUUCAGGAAGUGUGCCUUGUCCCCAUCAACUCAGUGUUUGGUUUCAACAGAACAUGCAUGAUGCAGUGGCUAGAAGAAAAAAUAAUGCCCUCCCAAAUUCUUUUGGCCAAUCGUAA